AUGAACCUCAUGGACCAGCUUGAGAAGACCAAGACGGAACGACCUGACGACGAGGCCAUUAUGGAUGAUGCCGUCGGCCAGGCCGUCGUCGAGCAGUUUGCGCAGCAAACGUUUGGUCGCGCCGAGCGCGUCAUGAACGCCAACAAAGUGACUCGCCAAACUGCUGAUACUUUUGACGCUGCUGCGACGUUCUUCCAGCUCCUCAACAUCUGGGGACAGCCCGAUGCCGAGACCCAGAAGAAGAUAAAGUUCGCACGAUGGAACGCAGCGCGCAUCCUCAAGGCCGUCAGAGAGGGCAACGAUCCCAACGAGUCGAACCCCGCAGUUGAGCAGCCAGAGGCCGAGGUCGCCCUUCCAAGCCUCGACCCUAACGACCCUGACGUUCAACUCUUGACCGGCAACGAUUCGUCAGCUUCAGCGCCGAGAGCUGCCACGGUCGAGGACGACCCUGAUGCUGAGUUCUACAAGCAGCAGAGUGCUGCCCCUUCGGCCGCCAAUGUCCCCAUUCCCAAGUCGCCCAAUGAGGUCGAGCUGCCGCCGUCGGCCGGUCCUGGUGUGCAGACGCCUGGCGGCUACUUCCUGCCGACGCAAGCACGUCCCGCUUCGGUGCUGAGCGAGGCCAGUGGAAACGACGGCCCGUCUCUUCCUGAUGUGCCGUCAGCGCCGGCGCAACGACCUGACCUGUCGUCCAAUGUGCCAUCUUUCAGAUUCAGUCGCAUUGUCUCUCCUCCGCCCGACCUGCCCCGGAGCCCGCCUCGUGAACCAUCGCCGCCUUCGCCUCCCACAGCUCCGUACCAGGCGCCUCCUCCUCCGGCGCAGCCUUCGCCUCCCCCGCCUGCUGCCCCAGUGCAGUACCAGCCGUACCAGCCGCCACCGUCAGUACGGUCUGUCGUUCCGCCUCCUGUCUACCGCGCACCCGUCUCCGCCCCGGCACCCCUACCGGUUGAGAAUCUGCCGGUGGAACACGAUGUACCGGGUGCGACCAAGCAUGCGCGCUUUGCCAUAUCGGCUCUCAACUUUGAAGAUGUCCCAACGGCAGUCAAGGAGCUCCGCGCUGCCUUGGCAGCGCUAGGGGCGAGACCUUGA